ACAAAUCCAAAGGAACCACUUCGGCAGUCAUUGGCUUAAUUAGCCCCUCGGAGCCACACAUUCUAAUGAUCCACCAACUCCUGUUGGCGUCACAUGCUCCUUAAAGUUUUGGAUAUGUAUAUGUUUAGUAAAAUAGAUAUGGGUAAACUCCAGACUCGUCUUUAAAGAGCCGUGCUGCAGCCCGAGGGCCCGAGUGAUGCAUGUUUGGACAUUGCUCAUGAGGCAGAAGAAGCAGACUAUGAAUGAAUGCUUUGCUGCCAUCAUCGUUUUGACUCAGUGGGUGGAGGCUCAGAAGACCUACAAAUAUCUGCCCCCCCCUCCUUUUGGGCUCACUCUUCACUUUGCAUGUAGCGUCCGCAAACUCCUCUCUCUGACUUUGGGACCAGAAGAACAGCAGUCAUGAUCAGAAACAAUGUUUUCUCCUGCUUUGUCUUCUACGCCGUGCUGCUGGUGUUGAAGAUGUACGUCAUGGCCGUCAUAACAGGACAAGUGAGGUUGUGGAAAAAGGCUUUCGCUAACCCGGAGGACGCACUGAGACGCGGAGGAUUACAAUUUCACAGGCUGGAUCCUGACGUGGAAAGAUGCCGCAGAGCUCACCGCAACGACAUGGAGAACAUCUUCCCCUUCCUCUUCCUGGGUGCCGUGUACUCCAUGACGGGCCCCUCGCUGGCCCUGGCGCGCCUCCACUUCGUGGUGUUCUUGGGGGCCCGCGUUCUGCACAGCGUGGCUUAUCUGGGGGCCCUGCCGGCGCCCACCCGCUCGCUGGCCUACGUGGUGGCGCAGGUGCCGUGCGUCUCCAUGGCGCUGCAGAUCCUGGCGACGGUGGUGGCGUACGCUUAGGACUGUGGUCACCUUUGACCCCCACCAAACGAAGCGGAGUGCAAUGUUUACCAAACAGGAUGCGUUUGAAGUUUAUUUUGUGUUGAGGACUCUCAUGUUGGCAAAGCAAACGCCGUCUCACUGUGUCCUUUUGUCUUUUAUGAAGCUCUUGAAGGAAGGCCCUCACACUGAAAGAGAAGGUUCAUUAUUAGUACAUCUUAAUUUAUUAUUUCAUUGUGUGUGUUUUGACUCAACAAUAAAAAUCUCACUUUUACUUGAUGUGGUUCCAUGAGGGGCCCAAGCACGGCCGUCAUCCACAAUUCCACAGGCAAAGCUCCAAGCAUUCCUGCAGCUCUUAUGUAAGAGUCUGUUCUCUGUCAUAUCCCGAGGGGGCCUCAGGGAGCACGAAGGAGGGGGGGUGGAGGCUCCCAUCACCCUGCUGCUAUGUUUGUUCCCUCUAGCUAAUAUUUCUCUAGCAUUGCCGUGUGCUUUGCCAGUGAUUUUCCUUAUGAUGAUGACUCAAGAUGGGAUUCUGUGGGAUUUAUGGAGUUUUCCUUGCAGACAAAAGGAAGAGAAGAGCGUGGGAGGUUUUGGCGACUGGAGAUCCGAUUCAACUUUCAGUGCCUUAAUGAGGACAGGGGAGGUGUACACGUACUACACACACACACACACACACAUCUAUUCUUUUGGAAUAAAGUUGUUUGAGAGAAGGUAAAGACAGAUGACUUUUUUUGGCCAUUGGACCAUUAUGAAAUAUACUUUGGACAAUUUUUGAUCACCAUAUGCGGUCAUAAGGACAAAAAUAGUGGCAGCUCUAAAAAGCUUCACCAAGAUCCUUAAUCUGAGAUGAUUCAUGUGGUUUGUUUCGACUAGAUUUUUGACUUUCUGAACUUCCC